CCCUUCCCGCUCAGGCUGCAAGCAAAGCUUCGCCAUCACCCAUCUGUGCCCCCGGAAGUACUUAACCAUGAGUAAGGAAAUGACGAAUUCCCAGAGGCCUGUAGGAGGGCUGAAGUGAGGAAGAAGAGGAGGCAGGUAGGGAGGGGCUGGGGGCCCCGAAGUUCUAAUGUAAGUUUUGGACCCUGGUCGCGCCUGCGCAGAACGGGGCCACUGCUGGUAGCUGCUGGACAAGUGGGGAAGGUGGGGAAGCCUGUGGAGCACUCGACCCAAACCCCGCUAGCCGAAGCAGGUGAUGGGCCCGAGGGGUGGUGGGGCGCCUGACGGGAGAAGCACGUGACUCGCCCCACACGUCCUGGCGGGGGCGCCUCCAGAGCCCCAAUAGUCUCCGGCCCCGCCCUGUGGCCCCGCCCGAUCGCUGCACUUCAGGGACUGAACAGCCCUAUGGGGAGGGGAACAGAGAUUUCUGCUGGGUUACUAGAUUCAUUUCGAGAACUGGAUUGUCAGUGAUCAGGUCUCAGGAUACGCACCCCAGUCUGUGUGACAGCACUCUGCCGGUCACCAUGCCGGCCCUGCUGGAACGCCCCAAGCUCUCUAAUGCCAUGGCCAGGGCAUUGCACAGACAUAUAAUGAUGGAGCGGGAGAGGAAGAGACAGGAGGAAGAGGAGGUGGACAAGAUGAUGGAACAGAAAAUGAAGGAAGAACAGGAAAGGAGAAAGAAGAAGGAGAUGGAAGAAAGGAUGUCACUGGAAGAGACCAAGGAACAGAUCCUUAAGCUGCAGGAGAAGCUACUAGCCCUACAAGAGGAGAAGCAUCAACUCUUCCUGCAGCUCAAAAAAGUUUUACAUGAAGAAGAGAAAAGGCGCCGUAAAGAGCAAAGUGACUUGACAACACUUACGUCUGCAACAUACCAACAGGGUCUGGCUGUGCACACAGGGACACAUCUUCUCAGCAUGCAGGGCAGCCCUGGAGGACACAGCCGACCAGGGACUCUUAUGUCUGCUGAUAGAGCCAAACAGAUGUUUGGACCCCAAGUGCUCACAACCCGUCAUUUUGUGGGGUCAACAGCAUUUGCAGGAACCUCAGAACAUGGGCAAUUCCAGGGCAGCCCUGGAGGGGCCUAUGGGGCCCAGCCCCCACCUCACUAUGGACCUACUCAGCCUGGUUAUAGUCCCAGCCAACAGCUCAGGGCUCCUUCAGCUUUCCCUGCUGUUCAGUACCUGUCACAGCCUCAGCCACAGUCCUAUGCAGUACAUGGCCACUACCAGCCCCCACAAACAGGGUUCCUGCAACCUGGAAAUGCCCUUUCCCUUCAGAAGCAGCUGGAACAUGCUAACCAGCAAUCUGGCUUCUCUGAUUCGUCAUCCCUGCGUCCCAUGCACCCCCAAGCUCUUCACCCAACCCCUGGGCUUUUGGCUACACCCCAGCUUCCUGUACAGAUGCAACCAUCAGGAAAGUCAAGCUUUGCAGCCACCAGCCAGCCAGGCCCCCGCCUCCCUUUUAUUCAGCACAGCCAGAACCAACGUUUUUAUCACAAGUGACCUGAGGACCUCUACACACAGCCCCAAAAUCGGGGCCAUGUCCUGCCUCCCCAGAGCUCCAAUUAAUAAAAUUAAACUGCCAUCAGAGAA